UGUCCAAUGGGAGUCGCCGUUGUAUGGAGCGGGUGGUAGGGUGCCAGCAUAACAUUAUUUGAUUGGUUGGUAAAGACUCAAGCCAUGAGAGCGAUACACAUGGGUGAUGGCCAGAUUGCAUGCUAAUGAAUUGUAGUUACAGUAGCUACAGCUACAUGCACAGUGUCUUGCUACGAUCAGACACAAAUAGAGUGGCCUUUCUCAUAUAGUCUGCUGUGCUGUCCCAGGUAUUGGAGAGGAGAUGUCUUCAGACAGUGUGUUACUAUUGGAGACAGCAGCUCUGGUGGCUCCAGUCACGGCUCUGGAGUUCCUGAGGGAAGACUUCCUACUGACAGGUGAGGGUCCUAUCCUGUCUGUGUAUGACCUCCAGCCCCACCCCAAGACCCGCGCUUCACUGAGCGUUCUCCACAACUACCGUAUCCAUGGCAUUCGGCCUCGACCUCUGACCUCAGCCCCACGCAGCUCUGCAUCAGAGCAGACAGAGCAAGCGCUAGUGGUGUUUGGAGGGAAGGCGGUCCGCCUGGUGCAGCUGCGUGAUGAGGACCCGCUGCGCCUGGAGGCCCUGGGCCCCCUCAUUGAACUGCAGGACUGGGCCCUGGAUGUGCGUUGGCUGUCUGGAGAGGGCCACUCUCUCCUGGCAGUGGCUCUGGCCCACAACGCUGCUCUGCUGCUGGACACGACAGAGAGGCAGGUCCUGGUCCUCUGUUCCUGCUUGGAGGGCUGCCUGCUCUACUCAGCCCUGCUGCUGGGGAACACCUGGGGGGACUCUGUCCUGGUGGGGGGCACCGUCUUCAACCAGCUCAUUCUCUGGAGGCCAGGGGCUGCCAAACAGAGCAGGGAAGCCCAGGUGGAGAGGCGUUUGCUUGGCCACAGCGGGGUGAUCUUCAGCCUCUGCUACCUCCAGGAGGCCGGCUGGCUGGCUUCAGCCUCGGACGACCGUAGCGUGAGGGUGUGGGGCGUGGGCAGGCUGGGGGCUGCCGGAGGGGGGUGUGGGAAGGCUGAUCCGGCCUGUCUCCGGGUGCUGUACGGCCAUCAGGCCAGGGUGUUCUCCGUGCGUCUCGGCCCAGGGAGGGUGUUCAGCGCUGGGGAGGACGGCGCCUGUCUGGUCUGGGACUGGGGAGGAGGAGGGAGGGUUCAGCUCACUCUGAAGGGGCACCGGGCAGGGGGGGUGAGGGCGUUGGCAGUCAGCGAGGGAUGCAGUGAGACCAGGCCUGGGGGGGGCCGGGGCGGGUGGGUGGCCACCGGGGGGGCGGAUGGAGGGGUGAGGCUGUGGAGGGAGGAGGGGAGGUCAGAAGCAGAGGGGGAGACCCUGACAGACCUGGGCUUUGUGGGGAAGGGGGUUCCCAAGGUGGUGUGUGUGGUGGGGGGGGAGGGAGGGAGCCAGGUUAGGGUGGUGGUGGGGACGGACCAAGGCGAGGUCUACCUACACGGGGGGGGACAGUGGGGUCUGGUGUGGGAGGGCGGAGCUGACUUCCAGUCCUACUGCGCGAUGGAUGUCCUCAGUGUCAGGGCGGGGGGGUCAGUGAACUGGGACGGUCUGUGUGCUGUGGGCAGCCUGACUGGCGCGGUACAGGUGUUCCCCCUGUCCCAACCUGGGGCAGGGGUGCUAAUGAGAGCAGGGGCAGGGAAGAUCCACAGCCUUACCUGGGUGGAGGGGCAGGUCAGGAGGCAGGAGGGGUAUUUGCUAGCCUCCGGAGCAGAAGGGACGGUGUACCGAUGGAGGGUGGAGGCGGAGGAGAGGGACGCCGGCCUGGUUUUGAAAACCCAGGCUCUCCCUUCUUUCCUCCUGCCGUCCUGUGCCAAGCGCUGGCUCACCGCUGCAGUGCUGCUUCCCAGGCCAGCGGGGGCGCUGUGGGUGUGCGGCGACAGGAGAGGAUCCCUCCUGCUGUUCAAAGACGGAGCGAGACGCCGCCGAGAGGAAGGGGAGGGAAAAGGGAAGGAAACGGAAGGAGCUCCGAGUCGGGCUGAGACGGAGAGAGACCCCGCGCUCGACGGGAACCGUGACCCGUCCGACGGAGGGGAAGAGGGAGACGAGGUGGCCAGAGUGAGGGGGGAGGGAGGCGUGGAGGAGGAGGCAGGGGGAGAGGCAGGGGGAGAGGCAGCGCUGCGGCCGGCCUGCUGUCUGUUCGGGGUGCACGGGAAGCAGGGGGUGACGGGGGUGAGGGAGUACGGGGGGCUCCUCUACAGCGCCGGGAGGGACGGCUGUGUGAGGGUCCUGAGAAUCCGUCCUGGGGGGGGAGGAGGAGGAGGAGGAGGGGGGGAGGAAGGAGAGGCGGGGCAGGGGGGGGCCCCGCUGGAGGUCUUGAGGGUUCAGCGGGCCUGCAAGGGCAUGGAGUGGCUGGAGAGGGUUCUGAUUCUGGAAGCGGAACCCUUUGUCCUGCACCGAGGGGUGGAGGAGAACGUUCUAGAAGAGGAACACUCAGACCAGAACCCUCCCCAGCCGCAGGAGGAGGAGGGAGGUGGGGAGGAGAACCACAGGAUCCAGGAGAUGGAGACGGGAUGUCAGUUGAGGGAGGCCCGCUUUGUGAUCGUGGGGUUCCACUCGGUCCACUUCGUGGUGUGGGACCCUGUGAGGCAGGAGAGGCUGCUGUCCGUGCCCUGCGGUGGGGGGCAUCGCUCCUGGGCCCUCAGCCCGCCCCACGGGGGGGUGUGGUGGGGCCAAGCAGCCCUGGUCUUCCUCCGCCAGGGCCAGGUCCUCACCUCACGGCCACCCAGGCCGACGGACAGCCCAGCCGGGAGCCAGGCCCUGAGGGAGGGGCUGCACGGCCGCGGCCUGGGCUGCGUCUGCCGCCUGGGGGGGCUGGAGGGCGGGGAGGAGGGGGGCCACUGGGAGGUCCUGGUCAGCGGAGGGGAGGACACGAGUCUGAGCGUUCUCGCGGUUCAAGCCCAGACAGGCACGGUCAGGGUGCUGGCCGUCAUCGCCGACCACAUCUCCAGCGUGCGUACGCUGGCCACGGUGAGACCGGGGGACGACGGGAGGAGACCACGUCUCUCCACCCUGCUGGUGUCGGCCGGGGGGCGGGCCCAGAUUCAGUGUUACCGGCUGCUGAUUGGAUGGGACGGACAGUUGGCGCGGCCUUCCUGCCAGGUGAUCCAGGUGGCCAGACACCGAUUGGACGAACAGUGGGAGAGAAAGAGGAACCGACAUAAGACUGUGAAAAUGGACCCAGAGACCAGGUACAUGUCCGCCGCCGUGGUGCAUGAUGGGACAGAGAGGGUCCUCCUGGCGCUGGGCUGCAGUGAUGGAGCUGUGAGGGUGUUUGGGGUCAGUGAGGUCAGGGGUCAGGUGGAGCUGCUGUGGGAGAGUUUCCACCACCGGAGGUGUGUGCUCAGCGUCGCCACCUGCAGCGUGGAAGACCGGCGAGGCGCACGGUGUGUGUUGUUGUUCAGCGCCGCCACAGACGGUAGAGUAGCAGUCUGGGACCUGAGUCCAGCAGCCUCCUCAUUGGACCGCUACCCCGGCGAGGCCCAGCCUGCACCAACCCCCUGCUUCACCAUCACCGCCCACCAGAGUGGCAUCAACGCCCUGGCUGUGUGGGAGAAACCGGGGGCGGAGCCAGGGGCGGGGCAUCAGGUCACCGUGGCGAGCGGAGGAGACGACGGACAGCUGACCGUGUCAGUCCUCAGGGUGCAGUACCGGCAGGGGGCGACAGAGGGCGGCAGAGCGCCGCUCCAGAUCCAGCUGCAGGCCCAGUGCUGCGUGCCUGCGGCCCACGCCGCCCCCCUCACGGCCCUGGGAAGGCUGGGCUCAGGCCUGCUGGUGUCGGCCUCCCCGGACCAGAGGGUGUGUCUUUGGAGCUGCAGCAGCACCGGCCUCUGCCAGCGGGGGGCGAUGUUCUCCCACGUGGCCGACGCAGCGGGCCUGGAGGUGUGGCAGGAGGCUGGGGGCAGGCAGGGGGAGGCCGAGGGGCCUGGGUCUGGUCCUACACUUAGUUUUGGAUCCAUGGAGGACACUGGGUGCCGCUCUGGGUCUUCGCCUGGGGGGGUGUCUGGAUCUGGGGAUAGUCCUGGGCGGAGGCGUGGGUCCAGAGGUGGAGAGGGUGGCAGGGGCUGGGUGGUGGUCUGUGGCCAAGGCUUACAGCUGCUACAGAUCAAGAACAGGAACCAGGACGAGGUGAAGGACGAGGACUGUGGAAAGAAGGAGCGUGUCAAAGUGUCUUUCGUAACGCCGUUACGACAAGGACAAGACAAACCAAAUCCAGACUGACUUGUUAUUCAAACAGAUGUGCCAAAGAUGUACCGAAUGUUUAUAUUUUCCUUUUUACUUCAUAUUGCCCAAUGUGAAAUACAGCUGAGUCAGUAAACGGUGCGUGCUUCUUUCAUAUACAGUGUUGAGGAUAAAUAGAGAGUGACUCAAUAAUACUGUCAGACAACUAUGUACACUUCUUUAAUGGACUGUGUGUGAGAGUGCAAGAGUUUCAGACUGCAUAUUUGUGCGUGCGUGUAUGUGUACGGCAAACGGGU